UUGAACAAUUUAACGAUUUCAUCGACAAAACAACAACAAAAAUAUGAUAAUGGUGAAAUGAGAUAUGGUCCUGGAUUAUAUCAAUUCUUGCAAAAUCCAAUGAGAAAUAAAAAGAAGAUUCAUCAUAUUGAGGGAAAUAAAAUAUAUGAAAGUAUGCGAGCAAAUAUGCCAAAAAUCGCGUUAGAUCUUCAAUUUAUUGAAACAAUGAAACCUAGCCAUCGAGCUGAACUUGGAAAUCAAAUGCAAUAUAUGCUCAGCGAGAAUUUUGCAGCAAAAACACCACUUUUGCUAGAUUUUGUGAAUUUACCAAAUGAACAAUUUGUGGAAAAUUGGAUGGCGAAAAGUAUUGGAUAUUAUGGUGGAAUGUAUUGUGAUCAAACUAUUUUACCUGGUUGUACUACAAAAGGUAGAUAUUUUUGA